GCAUGUUCUUCUUCUUCUUCUUCUCAAACCCUCAAAAAUGGCAAGUCGUGGAAAUCGUGCUCGUUCUCAACCCGUCGAUAAUACCAUCUCCUAUGUCCAGUGCGAUGGCCUGGCGGCGAUGAAAAUGGUAAAACAUUGCCAUGAGGAAUCGCUGAACAACAUGGAGGUGGCGCAGGGCGCCCUGCUCGGGCUGGUGGUGGACGAUCGGCUCGAAAUCACCAACUGCUUCCCGUUCCCGAAGUCGGACGAAACGAUCGACGAGGAGGAGUACCAGCUGAACAUGAUGCGCCGGCUGCGGCACGUCAACGUCGACCACUUUCACGUCGGCUGGUACCAGAGCGCGGACGUCGGUAACUUUCUGUCGAGCACGCUGCUCGAGUCGCAGUACCACUACCAGACGAGCAUCGAGGAGUCGGUGGUGGUGAUUUACGACACGCAGAAGUCGGCCCGCGGCUUCCUCACGCUCAAGGCGUACCGGCUGACGCCGCAGGCGAUCGCGAUGUACAAGGAGCGCGACUUUACGCCGGAAGCGCUGCGCAACCUGAAGGUCGGGUACGAGAACCUGUUCAUCGAGAUCCCGAUCGUGAUCAAGAACUCGGCGCUGUGCAACAUCAUGAUGUCGGAGCUGACCGAGAUGGUGCCGGAGGAGGAGGGUACGCACUUCCUGGACCUGGGGACGGCCUCGGUGCUGGAGAACCAUCUGCGCUGCAUGAUGGAUCGGGUUGAUGAGCUGAACCACGAGGCGACCAAGUUCAACAAGUACCAGCAGGCUGCCAUCCGGCAGGAGCAGGAGAAGCACCGCAUGCUGGCGAAGCAUGCGCAGGAGAAUGCGGCCCGCAUCGCGAAGGGCGAGCAGGCGGUGCCGGAGGAGGAGGUGAACAAGCUGUUCCGCCCGAUACCGGUGCCGACCCGGCUGAACCCGAUGAUUGUGUCCGGCCAGAUCAACACGUACGCGCAGCACAUCUCGCAGUUCUGUUCGCAAUCGCUCGCCAAGCUGUACAUGACGCAGGCACUACAGAACGCGAAGGACAACAAGCAGUAAGCGGUGGGUCGGAGGCGAGUCGUUUUACGUCAACAGGAGGAGCAAACGCAGCCCCCGCCAAAACGUUCCAAGCUGUACGGGAGAAAGGUGAAGGAAGAGGAUUAAGAAGAGAGUUCGCGGAAGAAGACGAUCGUGAGAAGGCGAUAUUUCAUAAUAUACGAAAAUGGGCCAGCUUUUUCGACGGGCGAGACCACCAAGCCUGCGGAAAAGCUUGGUACAAACCAAAA